AUGGACUUCCCCCAUCCCUUGGUUGGUGGGUGGACAAGCGAGUCGCUGCUGGCCAACGCAGCGCAGCGCAGCGCAGCGCAGCAUGUCCGUUCGUAUCUGGGUGAACGUCCAGUAUUAAUAGACCCAACCAGCGGUUCUAGUCGAUCCAGUGGCACAGCUCCAGAUCGCCAGCUUUGGGCUCUCCAUGAUUCAUCACUGUGUCGCAUCUUCCAUUAUCGCUUGACCAUCACGGCCCAGGCGCGUUUCAGAGUACGCAGCUGGGCGCUGCGCAUGAACCCUCCAUCCUCCCAUACAUAG